UUUCUCAAUAUGAAGCUGGCAGCACUGCUUGGUAACUGAAGUGUCCGAGAUAGUUUCGCGCGCUGUAAAGGCUCGACAUGAUUCCACUAGCAGUUGUCUUGCUGAUGUUGGUAAAACAUGCGACUACACAAACAGGCAUCGUCGAGGGUUUAUUGAAAAUUCUACAAGAAGGUGGCACACAUUUGUACAAUGAACCACCCGAUGAGGCAAACAUUUAUUCGGAGUACGACUUCAUCGUGGUGGGUGCCGGCAGCGCGGGCUGCGUGGUCGCCAAUAGACUCACUGAGGUCCCGGACUGGACCGUGCUGCUCAUAGAGGCGGGGCGUGAGGAGAACUACGUCAUGGACGUGCCCAUCCUCGCCAACUACCUGCAGUUCUCGGAUGCCAACUGGAAGUACAAGACAGAGCCCUCGGACACUGCAUGCCUGGGCCACACCAACCGGCAGUGCAACUGGCCGCGUGGCAAGGUCAUGGGCGGCUCCAGUGUUCUCAACUACAUGAUCUACACCCGAGGCAACUGGCGCGACUACGACAACUGGCUGGAGAUGGGGAAUGAAGGAUGGGGGUAUAAAGAUGUCCUCCCCUAUUUCAUGAAGUCUGAAGACAAUAACGUUGAAGAAAUGGAAAUGGAUAAUGAGUAUCAUUCGAAAGGGGGCUACUUAUCAGUCAGUAACAUUCCUUAUCGUACAGCCCUAGCUGAUCGAUUCAUUGAAGCUGGUCUUGAGACAGGUUCAAGAAUCAUAGAUUAUAAUGGACAAAAUCAAACUGGCUUCUCCUACUUGCAGGUCAGCAUGAAAAAUGGAACACGCUGGAGUGGCUCUCGUGCUUUCUUGCACCCAAUACGUGAUAGAAAAAAUUUACAUGUGAAAAAAUAUUCCCUUGUAACCAGAAUUCUCAUUGAUCCCAGAACAAAAGUUGCUUAUGGAGUGGAGUUUGUGAACAAGCAAUAUACAUAUAGGGUGAUGGCUAAAAGAGAGGUGAUUAUAUCAGCAGGCACCAUUAACUCCCCUCAGCUUCUCAUGCUGUCUGGCAUAGGUCCACAAGAGCAUUUGAGAAGUCACAAAAUACCUGUUAUAAAAGAUCUGAAGGUGGGCUACAACCUCAUGGAUCAUAUAGCCUUUGGUGGACUUUUGUUUACCUGCAAUGUUUCAUCCUUGCGCACAGUAGAUUUAUUAUUUAGUCCUGAAUAUUACAGGAAAUAUUUUUCUUAUCAUAGAGGACCAUUUUCUAUACCUGGUGGUUGUGAAGCCAUGGCUUUAUACGACCUUCAGAACCCAAAUGUCACUGAUGGCUACCCUGAUACAGAACUCCUUUUUCAAAGUGGGUCGAUUGUUUCAGAUCCAACUCUGAUAAAAAAUUUUGGCAUUGAUGAAGCUUUAUAUAAUUUAGUGUAUAAAGAAAUUGAAAACGAAAAUACAUGGAUGGUGUUGCCGAUGCUAUUACUCCCUAAAAGUAAAGGUCGAAUAACUCUGAAAGAUAGGAAUCCUAAACAUAAACCUUUGAUACAUCACAACUAUUAUACUGUGCAGGACGAUUUAGAUACUAUGGUAGCUGCCAUAAAAAAGACAAUAGAGCUGAGCAAAACAAAGGCCAUGCAAAAAAUUGGUUCCAGACUAUAUGACAAAAAACUUCCAGGAUGUACUGAAUUAUCAUUUGGAUCUGAUGAGUAUUGGAGGUGUGCAGCACGGCAGCUCACAUUCACGAUUUACCAUUAUACAGGUACAUGCAAAAUGGGCCCUGCAUCUGAUUCGAAUUCUGUUGUAGAUCCCAGGUUGCGAGUGCAUGGUAUAAAGAGCUUGAGGGUCAUCGAUGCAUCAAUAAUGCCAAUGAUACCGAACUGCCAUACCAAUGCUCCAACUUACAUGAUCGCCGAAAAAGGAUCAGACAUGAUAAAAGAAGAUUGGAGUAAAUAGCUAAUUACUCAUAACAUAUGGGCUCCAAUCUUUAUGAGCUAACAUCUUUACCAAUUUUAUGUAUGAAAUUGGGAUGUAACGAAAUUCACAACACGCAGAAGCUACAGCUUUUCCCACUAGCUUUCAACUUUUUUGAUGUUCGAAGCGCUUUUAUCAGUCAUUGUUAGCUCAUCGCUUUACUUUCCCUUAGUCACUAGGAGUCACAAGGUCAUCACCUUCCAGUUGUCGUCGCCUAAAACCAUCGUCUGGUGCCCUGAUCAUUACCCUUUGUCACGGCCCUGUAGUUACUACCAGCACCGUGACGAACCACAGGUUACUCCAUGGCAAGUAGUGCUCACGUCCAUUCAGCAGUGGUUACGACAAAGCAAAAUGCAUCAAACUGUUCAAGUGGCCAGGGAGUGAAAGAGUAUGGUGCUGUGAGAGAUGGUUAAUUAAUCAGGAACAUGGAGAUAAGCAAGCUGCGGCACUUUCAGAACUGAGUGAGCUGGACGAGAGAGAUGACAGUCAGCCGUGGGCGCUGUCAAGAAGCAACAGCCCAGCCGAGAAACAGCAGACUGUGGCAUCGCCUGUGAGGCACAAGGACGAAGCCAAGUUAUGGGCAAUGGAUCUAAACCACUUCCAGCUUAAUAUAAAUAAGAGAGAGAGAAUUAUUGUUAUGAAAGGGGAAUAUAGGGUCCCAAAGAUAGCCUAAUUCUUUGUGUAAUAUAAUUCACACUAAAUCCCAGUCCGACAUUUGUUUCUAUAAGAAUGCUAUCCUAGUUACCCUACUAUUUAUACACAUCUCGUGUUUGUUGGGUCUACGCACCAUUGUUCUUAAAUAUUAUUUUAAUAAUGCUAUAAAUAGUAUUUUGCUAUGGUAAUAGAAAAUUUUACAUGAAUCUGAUUUUAUGAAUAUAAUUAUUUAUUUAAUUUCUAGUUUUUAUUAAUUUCGUGAAUAAAUUUCCAUAGUUAAAUUCAUUAAUUCAAGAAUGGUACAAUACAAAUUUUUGGAAUUAAAUGUUUUUAUUACUGGUUAAAAAUCCUUGCUUUUGAAAGUUAGGCUGGACCUCAUGGACAAUGUUGAUAUUUUUCAUUUACUCAUUAUUAUUCAAUGGUUAUUUAUUAUAAUUCAUCACGAUAUGUAGGGUUAAAACCCUACAGUGCAUUAUGUAUCACAUGUGAUACUAUUAACAAAAUGCUUUGUUUGUUGUCACACAAACUCUUGUCGAGGGAGCAUCUAUCCUUACGGACCAAGGAGUUACGGACUCUUGUCAGUCAUACUGAUCCCAACGACAUUGAUAUAAAUAUGUACGUUGUUGGUGUAUCCUUUGUGAUACACAGUUUUUUUUCUCACAAUCCGAGUUAGUUCUUCCGAUAGUUGCCAGAUAAUGUUUGUAAAGUAGAGAAAACCUUGGCACGCAGCAGCCAUGUUUGAUUCAUGAAACAUCCAUACUUUAUUAAAUUGUUGUGGUUCGUUUUAUUUGUUUCUUAGGCGUAAAAAUUUUUUCCACAGUGUUAAAUAUUGAAGUGUAGAUUUUUAUAUAUAAAUUAACGACAAGUUAUUAUUAUUUUGUGAAGAAGGAAAUAUCUUUGUAUCAUAGGCGAUACACCAUGAAUAUAAUUUUCUUUUUGUUGGUACCUCGUGUUAUAACAUGUGUUGACAUAAGAUGUCAAUUCGCAUCGUGUUUUAAAUUUGAUUUUAAGUUAAUUUGUUUUUGUAUUCUGGUGUUUGAUGUUUUCCUUUCAAAGACUUAUUUAGUGAAAAGGUAUGCAAAUAUGUCUGUUUACUAUGUAGAAAAAGGCAAAAAAAAAAAAAAAAAAAAGACAUUACGAGUGAAGAGUUUCUCCAGCUUGUAAAUAAUUUCCCUUCAGACAGUUAAGAUGAUCUGGAAGAUUGCGACAUUGAUGAGCUGCAGAUAGGUGAGGUAGAAAGUAUUAAAGACUGCAUAUACAAUACAGAUGCUGUGGAAGUCGAAUUAGGAGUUUGCAACCCUUGUGAAGUUGAUGUUUCUGUAGUUUCUUCAGCCCCUCGCACUUGCCCAUUGGACUUACAAACACCUUCUACUUCUAGAAUAAUUGCAGAGGGCGUUACGGACUGUACAAGCGUAGUAAGUGAUGAUUUAGUAGAUGUGUUUACUGUGGGCAACAAUGAGGUUUUGGAAUUGCCUGUCGCACCAGCUUCCGUAUUUUCUGAAUUACAAAAUAAAUGCACUAAGCCUACAAAGAAAAAAUCUCAGCCCACAUCAGGCACAAACUUCACAGAAAAAUUGCUGACACCAAGAGCAGAUAAAGGUGAACGGAAGAAAGGUAGUUCUCAGUCAACAUGUCAGCGUGGCUUGAAUAGUCCUAAAUGUGUGUUGCCUUCAGACAACAAUGAUUAUAAAAUAAUUGUUUGGAGAAAAAAAAAAUUUCUUUACCUCUACAUCAAAAAAUGUUUUCAGGAAAUGAGUGUCUUCCAUCGGACAUACUGGAGCUUGAAACACCAUACCAGUUUUUCAAGUACAUGUUUACUGAUGAAAUUAUUGACAAAAUUGUGCAGGAAACUAACAUUUACAGUGUCACAAAAGAGUCAACUGCCUGGCAAACGUUACAAAUGAAGAUAUUUACAGAUGGCUUGGCAUUGUUCUCCUAACUUCGGUUAUUACCUUUCCAAAUGUCAGAAUGUACUGGAAUAGCACAAUUGGAAUUGAUGUGAUAAAAGAAGCCAUGACCUUGAAUGAAUUUGAGAAAAUUCAUGCAAACCUACAUUUCAAUGACAAUGCAUCCCAAGUCACAGAUAGGGAAACAGAAGGCUAUGAUAGCUUGCAUAAGUUUAGACCAAUCAUUGAUUCUCUGAAUGAGAGCUUUCUUUCAGUCCCAUUUGAAGAGUGUUUGUCAAUUGAUGAACAAAUUUGCGCUACAAAGGCGCGUAGUCACAUGAAGCAGUAUAUGCCUGCCAAACCCCAUAAGUGGGCUACAAAUUGUUUUUCCUUUAUGGAGUUUCUGGCUAUGGAUAUAAAUUUGAAAUUUACACAGGGAUGGAAAAUGAUGCAAAAAGGAGGAUUACCAGAGGAACCUAACAUCGGAGUGAGUAGCAAUGUGGUUGUUUGUCUAUGUAGAGAGGUUCCGCGUAAUGUGAACCACAAAAUUUACUUCGACAACUAUUAUACAUCUUUGCCACUUGCGACAUAUUUAGCCAAGGAGAGGAAUUCUGUGUCUCGGAACUGUCCGUAGCAACAGGAUACCCAACUGUAAGAUUUCAGAAGAGCAAAUGAAGAAAAUGCCCAGAGGAACAGUUGAGGAAUAUGUAGGAAACAUUGACAGUGUCAAAGUAUCAAAUGUAUGCUGGAAGGACAAUAAAGUUGUGAAUCUUUUGUCUACAUUUGCUGGAUUCCAACCUCUCCACAAUGUUGAUAGAUAUGACAAGAAAAUCAAAUCAAGAAUACAAGUAAGGUGCCCUGAUAUAAUUUCCCAAUAUAACAAGCAUAUGGGAGGUGUGGAUCUUCUCGACUGCAUUUUGGGGCGUUAUAAAAUAAUAAUGAGGUCCAAAAAAUGGUACUUUAGGUUAUUUUACCAUUUGAUUGAUUUAUGUGUGAUCAACGCAUGGUUGCUACAUCGUCGAGUGUUGGCAAGAAAAGGAAAAGAUGCGGACUACAUGAAGCUCGCAGAAUUUCGUAUCCAGACUGCAAUAACCCUGUGUAAGAUUGGCAGGGUUGCUGUUCCACAGAAGAGGGGUAGACCCAGCAUCUCCCUGUGUCAUGAUGCAAAAAAGAAGAAAGACCAACUGCUGUUAUCCCACCUGCUGAUGUAAGGCAUGAUCAGUAUGGACACUUUCCUGAGUGGACUGGAUCAAGGCAACGAUGCAAACACACUGCAUGCCACUCUCUGAGCUUUGUUAUGUAUACAAAAUGUCAAGUUCAUGUUUGUUUUAGCAAGGAAAGGAAUUGUUUCCUAAAAUUCCAUACAGAGUAGGGUAUUUGUACCAUAGCAUGUUGCUUUCUCACAGUUGUAACAAUGUAACUGAAACUUGUAUGUGAAGCUUUGAUUGACUUUUUUUUCUCGGCAGUAUAGUGUAGUGAUUUUCUGUAAUUUUAUUUAGUAUUUAUAGUAUCUUAGGUCCAUUUCUUUAAAAAAUAUGAAAUUGUAAGGUUUAUAAUGUUUGUUUUAAAAUAUUAUCCUCAACAACAGUAAUUUACUUUUUAUUACAAAUAUUAAAAGGUUAUAGGAUUGCAAGUUAUUCUACCAUAUUUGAAUGCAAAAGCAUGGUGUAUCACAUGUGAUACAAACUACUUUUUCUUUGAAAUAAAAAUUUUUUUUACAUAAAAUUUUUUCCAAUAUUUUUUGUUUGUUUGGUGGAAUCUAAUAUGUAGUUUAGAAUUUUUUUCGCAGUAAUAUAAAAUGUCAUGCACUGUAGGGAUAACAAUGCUAUCCUAGUUACCCUACUAUUUAUACACAUCUCGUUUUUGUUGUGUCUGCGCACCAUUGUUCCUAAAUAUUAUUUUA